AUGGGUAACAAACGACUGGAUCAGAUUCGGCAAGAGGCAAGAGAGUCUCUUCCGUAUCUCGGAAGUGAUGAAGACUCUUCCAACAUGAAAGAUGCUGCGCUGUUGACGACAGACGGCGCACAAACAGCAGCUGUUUCUUCGCAGCCAGAAAUCAAGCCGUGGGUCCAUUUCGUGGCAGGCGGUGCUGGAGGCAUGGCAGGGGCAAUCAUAACUUGUCCGUUCGAUGUGGUGAAAACCAGGCUCCAAAGCGACGUCUUUCAAAGUGCAUACAAAUCCUCUGCCGUCAGCGGGACUCAUAACUCUUCUUACUUCAUCAAAAGUGGGGCAAGGCAUUUCAGAGAAACGUUCGACAUUAUUUCCAACGUGUACAAGUUAGAGGGCUUUCGAAGCCUCUUCAAAGGUCUGGGACCGAACCUCGUAGGCGUCAUUCCCGCCAGAAGCAUCAAUUUCUUUACUUACGGCACGACAAAGCAGAUAUAUUCAAGAGCGUUCAAUGACGGCCAAGAAGCGCCAUGGAUUCAUCUCAUCUCGGCCGCAACGGCUGGGUGGGCAACCUCUACUGCUACAAACCCUAUUUGGCUCAUCAAGACAAGACUCCAGUUGGACAAGGCGGGUCUGACCCGACAGUACAAGAGCUCCUGGGAUUGCCUAAAACAUAUUAUCCAACACGAAGGCUUUUUUGGUCUGUAUAAAGGUCUCAGCGCGUCAUAUUUGGGAUCUGUCGAGGGUAUUUUGCAAUGGCUGCUUUACGAGCAAAUGAAGCAUGUUAUCAAAAUGCGUUCCAUCGAAAAGUUUGGCCACAUCAGCGAAGGGGAGAAGAGCAGCUCUGAGAAAAUAAAGGAAUGGUGUCAGAGAUCUGGCAGCGCUGGGCUUGCGAAGUUUUUGGCGAGCAUAGUCACUUAUCCACACGAAGUGGUGCGCACAAGAUUGAGACAAGCGCCAUUGCAAGACGGGAAGCUCAAAUACACGGGCUUAACUCAGUCUUUCCGUGUUAUAAUAAAAGAAGAGGGAUUGACUUCAAUGUACGGCGGGCUGACCCCUCAUCUUCUGAGAACAGUUCCUAACAGCAUCAUAAUGUUUGGUACUUGGGAACUGGUAAUAAAGUUGCUCUCCAAUGUUUGA